UUCCAAGCCUGUUUAUAGCUCGACCGGUUUCACUCUGUGUGUCACUUGACUUUUUCUGACAGAGGCGUUAAGCUUUUUGUUAACGUUUGCUGUAUUUUUGUCAUGGCUGUAAUACAGAGUCUUGCUUUUAUACUUUUAGCUUCUAUUUGCGCCAGUGAUGCGAAGCUGCGCUUUGCCUCUUACUAUGGAGACCACAUGGUGCUGCAGAAGGCUCCAGAGAGAGCUGUGCUGUGGGGCUACGGCCCUGAGGGUGCACAGGUGACCCUUUACUUGAAAGGACAAGUGGAUCAGAAAACCUCACCGGUCACUGUUACAAAAGGUAUCUGGAAAAUCACCCUUGACCCUGUUGGACCUGGCGGUCCAUACACUGUGAUAGCAGUCGCUGAGAAUGAUUCAGCCGUCCUGACAGAUGUGCUGUUUGGAGAUGUUUGGCUGUGUGGAGGGCAGAGCAACAUGUCGUUUGAAAUGGAUAAGAUUUUCAAUGCAAUAGAGGAGCUGAAAAUUGCAGAGAAGUAUCCUCAUGUGAGGACUUUUAUGGCGUCCAUGAAAACCAGUGAAACUGAGCUGAUUGAUUUGAUUCAAGUAGAACUUCCCUGGUCUGUGCCGCCAGCAACUCUGGCACAGUUCUCUGCGGUCUGCUGGCUAUUUGGACGUAACUUGUUUGACAAGCUGCAGUACCCCAUAGGACUGGUGGAGUCCUGUUGGCCAGGCACACGUGUUGAAGUCUGGUCAUCUUCAAGAGCACUGCAGAAGUGUGGAAUACUAGAGGAAGCUAACAGCAGUUUACCGGCUGGUCUCUGUGGAUUUAUUGGAUGUGGACAAGGGGAAGAGUGGUACGAGCGUCAAACUGAGGCUCCACCUCCAAUUCCGACAAAGAAUUCAGUCCUGUGGAAUUCAAUGAUCCAUCCGCUGCUCAACAUGACCAUGAAAGGAGCCAUCUGGUACCAAGGGGAGGCAAAUACUAUCUAUCAACAAGACAAAUACAACUGUUCCUUCCCUGCUAUGAUUGGUGACUGGAGGAUGGCGUUUCACCAGGGCUCAGGCGGGGAGACAGCUCCCGACUUCCCCUUUGGGUUUGUUCAGCUGUCCACCUACAAGAAAGGAUCCAAAAAUGACUCCUUUCCAGAGAUACGCUGGCACCAGACGGCCGACGUUGGCUAUGUUCCCAAUGCCCGGAUGCCGAAGACCUUCAUGGCCGUGGCUUUGGAUUUACCAGAUAAAAACUCACCCUAUGGCCCGAUCCAUCCCCGAGACAAGCAGGAUGUAGCCUACAGACUGUCGUUGGGAGCAAGGGCAGUGGCUUAUAAUGAGGACGUAUCCUACCAGGGACCUUUCCCCACCGAAGUCAUGGCCACUCAAAAAGAUAUCAACAUCACCUACGACCAGAAAGUGUCCGUUACUUCGUCUAAGGACAUCUUUGAGAUCUGCUGCACAGAGAAUCAGGCUCCAUGUGGGAGCUCCUCCUGGAUUCCAGCUCCCAUCAUGCAGUGGGACGCGACCACUGUCACGGUAUCUACCAGCCUGUGUCCACCUACUGAUGAAGUAGUUGCCCUCAGAUAUGCAUGGAGCGACUGGCCCUGCGACUUUAAAGCCUGUCCAAUCUACAGCGCUGAUGGUUAUCUUUUACCUGCGCCUCCAUUUAUUGUCAGCCACCCUCAGCCAAAAGGCAACUCAAGAUUGUAAGAAGAAAAAGUGAUUAAAAAUGUGCCUUUUUUUCCUUUUGGUCAAAGCGAGCUUGUUUUUGGUAGAAAUUAAGGCACUUAAAGGGCAUUUUCGAUGAAGGGAUUUUUCUUACACGUGAUUAUCAGUUAGUUUUGAUGGUUUAACUCUUGACAAUCAAUUUUUUUUACUCAUGUAAAUCAUCUCAGAGUGGGGCAGUGCUAUGGAAGAAUUAUCCUAUCUUUAUUCAAGAGCGUAGAUUUUCAGUUUGAGAGCAUAAUUUGUCUUUCUCGUGCUCAGAUUUGUUCUCCUCAUGCUCACAUUUUGCGCUCGCACUCGAUUUCUGCUGCUUUCUUUGAAAAUGUGUGCGUGCACUUAAAAAUCACAUGCUUGUGCUCACAUUUCUUCUUCUUGGACACAAACAUUUUGCUCGCACUCAAAUAUGUCCUGUGCGCACUCAAAUCUAAAGUCUACGCGCUCAGAUCUCAACUCUGCGCUCUCAAGCGCGAGCGCAAAAUGUGAGCAUGAGGAGAACAAAUCUGAGCAUGAG